AUGCCGCCGCUGCCCUGCUCGGAGGACACCUGGACCACACUGAGGGUCUCCGGGGAGGAGAAGAUGGGGUGGCCCGCGGGGCACGGCGCCAGGCCACGCCCCCAGCAGGCUCCCAGGCCGCGCCCCCGCGCAGCUCCCGGCCACGCCCCCAGCAGGCUCCAGGCCACGCCCCUCCGCGCGCAGCUCCCGGCCACGCCCCUCACGCACGGCUCCCGGCCACGCCCACCCCCGCCGCAGGGCUCCGCAGCAGCCAUGGGGACGCCGAGCAGCCCCGCGGAGGGCGGUGGGUCGCCCGCGGUCCCGGCCUGCGACGCCGCCGACGCCGGGCCUGCAGGGACCGCGCAGCCCCGCGGCCACCCGGACGAGGCGCCCGAGUCCCCGGAGCCGAGGGAGCCCCGGAGCCCCGCGGAGCCCCCGAGCCGCCCCGGAGCGGAGCAGCCGCGGGAGGAAGAGGAGGAAGUGGGAGAGGGCAGCAGCACCGAGAGCUGCCGCGACGAGCCCGAGGCUACACCUCCUGUACAGAUCCAGGCCUCUGCCUCCUCCUCCUCCUCCUCCUCUUCCUCGUCCUCUUCCUCCUCCUCGGCCAGCCCCCCUUCUGGGGAAGGGAUUCGAGGGGCGGCCAGGCGGCUGCACGGACAGAAGCUGGAGGCGCUGACUCGGGUGGCCCUGAUGGAGCAGCGCGUGAAAGAACUACAGCGUCAGAAGAAGGAACUGAGGAUCGAGAUGGAGGUGGAGGUGGCCCUGCUGCGGGGUGAGCUGGCAGGGGAACGAGUGGCCGCUCGGCGGGAGGAGGGCCAGCUGAGGGAGCUGCUGGCCCAGCAGGUGGACGCCCAGCAGAGCAGCCGGGACCUUCAGGAGCAGGAGCAGAGGCGCCUGAGCCAAGAAAGGGACCGUGUAGAGAGUCUUCGGCAGAGACUGAAAGAGGCCCAGGGACAGCUUGACCUGCAGCCAGAGGACCAGCGAGAGCGGCUUUUGCAGGGGGUUCAGGAGAUCCGGGAGCAGCUGGAUGCGGCCCAGCGAGCCUACGAAGACCUAGAGUUCCAGCAGCUGGAGCGGGAGAGCUGGCAGGAGGAGGAGGAGGAGCGGGGCAGCCCCGGGGCCCGGACUCCACACCCCAAGGUCCAGGAACUGCAGGCCAGCGUGGCUCAACAUAAGCGCAGGAUCCAAGUCUUGGAGGAGCAGCUCAAGUCUCUGGGAGAGCAGAUGGCCUCGGAGAGCCGGGGGCUGAGCCGCAAGAGGGAGGAGGCCCUUCAGGCCCUGACGCAGGAGCGGAGCCGGCUGCUGGAACUCAACUGCCUUCAGGGAACUCCUGGUGGGGACUUCUCCGAGCCCAGUCAAGCGCUCACAAAGCUCCUGUUCACCCAGAAGACCGACCGCCAGCUGUUGGUGCUGCAGGACCCCGGCGCACUUGCCUCCACGUCCGCCUCUUCCUGCCUCUUCUCUGUCCACAGCUCCCUCCAGGGGUCCAUUGGCCUCCAGAGGACGGGAAGCCUGCCGCGGCGGAGGGGGGAGAGGGCGAGCCAGCGGGGAGGCCCCCGACCUCUGUCCCUGCACUGUCCAGAACCCCGGGAGGCCUCGGCUCUGGCACAAGCAGUGGGGACGCCUGGGAGACACCCUCUGUAUCAGCUGCUUAACUGUGGCCCCGUGAAUAGAUGCGGGGCACAUCACCCAGACAUUGCCCACAUGGAGAGGCUCCUGCAGCAGGCUAUGGCAGAGAGAGAGAGGCUGCUCAAGGCCCGGGAAGGGACGAGAAGGAGCCCAGACAGUUCCUCAGGUCCUGCAGUUCCUGCCAUCAUGGCGCCGCCCCCGCCCCCGCCCCGCCCUCCGGGACCCCGGGUCCUGGACCUCCCGCAGCACCUGGAGCGCUGGGGCCACAGUCCGGAAAGCUGUCCGCACCUGCGGGUGUCCGGGGGCUGCUGUCGGGGGCCCCUGGUGAAGAUGGGCGGCCGCAUCAAGACCUGGAGGAAACGGUGGUUCUGCUUUGACCGCCAGGCGCGGCGCCUGUCCUACUACGCUGACAAGGAAGAGACCAAGCUCAAAGGCGUCAUCUACUUCCAGGCCAUCGAAGAAGUCUACUAUGAUCACUUACGCUGUGCCUUCAAGAGCCCCAGCCCCCGCCUGACCUUCUGCGUCAAAACCUAUGAGCGCCUUUUCUACAUGGUGGCCCCAAGCCCCGAAGCCAUGCGCAUCUGGAUGGACGUCAUAGUGACCGCUGCUGAUGAGAACCAUGCCCCCUGAGUGUCCAUCGUCUUCUGGAGAGUGGGGGCGUCCAGUGUCCCUGAGCCCCCUAAUUCACUGGCUGGUCCUCCAGGGCUCUGCCCACUUGAAAGUCUGAACCCUCCUCUGCUGGAUCUGAGCAGCUGCUGCUCAGCUGGUCUGAGCUGUGUAAACGUGGGCUGCUGGUGGCUCCAGCUUUGCCUGGCCUUGGGGCCCAGCCCCCGGAGGAAGAGGAGGAGAAGGAAUGCUGGGGAGGAAGGAACUAUUUAUUGGUGCUCCUGUGAUAGUGAAUUAAAGCGUGGUGGAAAACCAGGA